AUGCACGCCGGUCAGAGAACCGUGCAGAGAGACAAGAGCUGGCGAGAGAUCGAGGAGGCGGCUCCACAGUUCAUGGCGGCGGCGCCGGCGCCGGCGCCGGCGAGCAAGAAGAGGCAGCUGACCACCGACGGCAGCAGCAAGCGAUGGCGCGGGCAGAUGAACGCCGUCGUUGUCGCCCUCGUGAUGGCCAUGCUGCCCGUCGUCGUCUUCAUCACCGGCCGCAGGCCAGCGGUCUGGAUUCAGACGGCGGCCGACGGCUUACGCCGAGGGUCGGAUGCAUUCUUCCUGCACCCGAGGCUUUUGGGUGGCCUCUUGCUCGACGGUUUCGACCAAGAAACCUGCCACAGCCGGUACCAGUCCGCCAUGUACCGUCGAAACUCCGGCCGGCAACCGUCCUCCUAUCUCAUCUCCAAGCUGCGGCGGCAGGAAGCUCUGCAACGCCGGUGCGGCCCCGGCACCGCCGCAUACAGGAACGCCGUCGAGCAGCUCCGGUCCGGCGAGAGCGUGGCGUCACCGGAGUGCAAGUACAUCGUCUCCAUAUCGUACUGCGGCCUCGGCAACAGGAUCCUCGCGGCGGCGUCCGCGUUCCUCUACGCCGUGCUCACCGACCGUGUCGUCCUCAUCGACCCCAGCAACGACAUGGACGAGCUCUUCUGCGAGCCGUUCCCCGGCACGACGUGGCUGAUGCCGCGGGACUUCCCGGUGGCGGGCUACACCAACUUCAGCGUCGACAGCGCCGAGAGCUACGGGAACAUGGUGAAGAACAGGGUGGUCAGGAACGACGGCGCCGGCGUCUCGACGGCGCCACCGCCGGCGUUGGUGUACGUCCAUCUCAACAACGACUACACCGACCACGACAGGUUGUUCUACUGUGACGAGGACCAGCGGUUGCUGCGGCGUGUGCAGUGGCUGGUGAUGAGGACGAACAGCUACAUCGUGCCGGGUCUGUUCCUCCUCGCCGGCUUCCGGGAGGAGCUCGGCAAGCUCUUCCCGGAGCCGGACGCCGUGUUCCACCACCUCGGCCGGUACCUGUUCCACCCGAACAACCUCGUGUGGGGGCUCGUCACGCGGUACUACGAAGCCUACCUGUCAACGGCGCAGAAGCGAGUGGGCAUCCAGGUGCGCGUCUUCGGCGCCGACUCGAACUCGCCGGAGCUCGUGGAGCAGAUCACGACGUGCACGCAGAAGAACAGCCUUCUCCCGGAAGUGCUCGGCGCGGGAUCGUCGGAGCCGAUGACCCUGCCGGCGUCCGGCCGCCGCAACUCCACGGCGGUGCUCGUCACGUCACUCAAGUCGUGGUACUACGAGAGGAUCAGGAGCAUGUACUGGGAGAACGCGGCGGCCGCCGGCGGCGGCGGCGGCGCGGUGAGCGUGCACCAGCCGAGCCACGAGGAGUACCAGCACUUCGGCGCCAAGUCGCACGACGCCAAGGCGUGGGCCGAGAUCUACCUGCUCAGCCUCACCGACGAGCUGGUGACGACCGGCAAGUCGACGUUCGGGUACGUGGCGCAGGGGCUCGCCGGCGUGAGGCCGUGGGUGAUGCAAAAGCCGUGGAACAGGUUGGCCGACCAGCCAUGCUGGCGGGACGUGUCCAUGGAGCCGUGCUUCCACCGGCCUCCGUACUACGACUGCCAGCUGAAGCGGUGGGCUGACCCCGGGAAGGUUGUGCCGCACGUCCAGCACUGCGGCGACGUCAGCUGGGGGCUGAAGACCGUUAACCGGGAAGGGGAUCCUCUACCGUAA